AUGUCUGUAGAGUCCAGUUACGUAAAUGUUGUAGACAAAAAAUUGGACGUUCCCUUUAUUGGUUCGCUCGACGUAAUGAUCUCAGCACCCAAAGAGCGUCCGUCAGCAGAUGCUCGAAAUAAGACACCCAUUACUGUGCAUAUCUCGAAUAAUGGGUCUCUGAAUCCUAUUGGGUGUUAUAUUUACUCAAUUCCAGGGAGAUCUGGAGAGAUCUAUAGCACUAUCCUAAACAAUUCUACGGAGUCUCUUUUGGAUUUAACGAAGAAAGUUUCCACCCUUAUCUCCAAGAGGUACAGCUCUCCAUCGUACGUUAACAUCAACGGGAGCUUUGGAAUUGAAGAAUUCACACCCAUAAUAGGGUCUCUAAUUAAAGAAAUAGAGGAUGUUUAUGCCUCGCACUAG